CAUGGCUUUCAUGCUAAAUCCAAGAAAUUUAUACAGAUUUUCAAAGUUCUCACGCAGUAGCAUCAAAACACUAACUAUGACUCCUUCCAGAAGUGUUAUUUAUUUUGAACCAGAUGAGAAGCUAGCUGGAUUAGAUCCUGAUUUUUCCAAGAAAAUUACCGAUGAAGACUCCCUUCUCCCUGGCGCAGAGAAAUAUUUAAGCAAGACUUAUGGUGUACAUAGAGAUUGGAUCAUUCCAAAAGUCAGUAACUCACUUGAUCUUUAUGCAAAGAAAGUCAGAGAGCAUAUGCUUAGAAGGCAAUAUCUCCCUGCUGAGAUACAGGUUAACAAUGACUUAAGGCUCAGACAACCAGGAGAUACUAUUGAGGAACUAAAGAAAAAUUCCGAGCUUCCUAUUGUUGUGCUUAAAAGAGACGAAUGGAGCAAAGACUUACAUCUUGUUGGCAAAAAGAAAUUCAUCAUUCAUUUGGCAAGAACUGAUGCAGGUUACUGUAAGCAGUUUGAGUUUAAUUAUGGGAGUGAGGAACCUAUUAGAGUUGUUUUGCAUGACAUUAACAUUAAUCCAAUGCAGAGAUAUCCAAUGAAAGCAUCAUUCAAUAGAUUUAUUCCUGGAAGGCCAAAUCCUAUCAGAGUUCCAAUUGUGCCAUACAAUGAAAAUCAAUGUCAUGACAGGAUGCUUGGAGCAAAUGUGCACCACGUAGUUAACGAGUUAGAUCUAUGGACUUACUCAGAGAUUUAUCCUCCUCAGAUCCACCUUGAUUUAUCCCAUUUAACUGUGAAGGAAUCAAUUAAAUUAGGAGAUGUAGAAAAAAUGCUUCCUCAUGGAGUAUAUUUGCACAGAAAGUAUAACCAUAGGCUUUACCAAGCUGUUAUUAAACUUGAAGAGACUAAACUUUUCAGAGGUAAAAUGGCUAUUAAGAAACACCGUGAACAAGAAUUCUUGGCCAAGAAAAGAGAAAUUGAGCUUGCUGAUGCUUUGAAGGGAUCUAGAAAGAAUGAAAAGAAGCCGAGAAAGAAAAUCCAGAACCCUCUUCAUAAAAGUAAAUCUCUUGAAUAA